AUGUCUGAGUAUUAUAGUCACUAUCAUCGGUGGGAAGCUUUAGCAGAAUUUAAUUUUUAUAUCGACGAAAAUGAAGAAAUGUACGACGACAAUUAUAUUUAUUGUUUAUGUAGCCGUGCUUUUAUAAGGGAUGUUAAGACAUAUCUUGGAGACAAGGAAUGUGGAAGUGAGAGUGAUGCUGAAGUGAUAGAGUCGCAGGUUGAUGAUCAAUCUCAUGUGCAUUUUUCUGUGGAUACUUCAUAUAAAGUGAAGUGUGAGAAAGAUGAAAGUGCUAGCUGUUAUUGUAGUGCUUCACACACAGAAAACUAUUGUUCGACUGACGAACUUGAUCCAUCACAUAUGCACAACUACCCCUCACAUCCUCUACAACCGAGUGAUAGUGGUGCUGAUCUCACAUAUCAAGAUUGCCAUUCCGACUACAUUACACAUGAGAAAGUUGAGAAAAUUGAUAAAGACUACUCAAAUGACUCUGAUACAAAUGAAAAUUAUUUAUCACAAGAUACAUGGGAAAAGUUUUGGCAAUUUAAUGGUGAGAGGAUCAUUUGGGCCUCUUGGAUAAAGAAAUACAGUGACUACAUCAAUCCUUCGUAUCUAGAGGAAAAUAAUGAUCUCAUUAUGGAUGAGAAUAGUCUACCGAAACAACAAUCUGUUGAACCCAUUUGCAAUCACACUGAAAGUAACGGAGCGGAAAAUGAGAGAAGGGAAAGGAAAUUUUCAUAUGACUCCAAAGUGAAUCCAUACAAAACUAAAGAUUCUGUCGAAGACAAAAGUGAUAAGAAUAAUCAAAGCGCAAACAAAGACGACGCAUUGCGUAGACGACGGUCGUUGUCGGAACACGAUCGUAUACUCAGUCCUUGGACGCUAACAGGAACUGAUUCAAUGACUAAUGUGACAAAACUUACUUUGUCCAGUUAUAAUGUCACUUCAAGUCACGUGACUUCCGAGUCAACACCUACAGGCGAAUAUAGCAUGUCCUCGUCAACGUCUUCCGAUGAUCAAUUCAAUGAUCAAACCCGAAUACAAAACAUUGAGGAAAAUAACGAAGAAAUAUCAGAAGAAAUAGACACAGAUGACUAUUGGCAGUUCCUUUGGAAGAAACAUUUCGGGGAGCAGUACGCGUUGCAUUACGCUAAAUAUAUAGAAUGCUACAAUGAACUCCAAGCAAUACAGAUCAAUACGAGCGACAUUGAAAACAAAAUUGAAGAAACCAAAAUUGUUGAUGUUGAAUGCGAAAACAGUGAGGGGAAUUCUCUAGAAAUGCCGUCGGUGAUUGAAGUUCAGACACAAAUCAAUCAAAUAAAAUUAGACGACAAACCGAAACCAAAAAAGAGAGGGAAAAAAGCAAGCAACCGCGUUAUAAGCUCGGUCGGAGUUCUGUUACAAAAUCUUCUAAGAGAUCAGAAAGAAAAAGAAGCUAAUGAACCGAUAGACGCUGGCGAUGAUAAAUCAAAAACCGGUGAUACAGUGGAACUAAACCUUGAAAGCAGAACUAGUAUUAAUAAUGUUCAAACAAACACCAGCGUUGUUCAACAUAAUGACGAAGGAGACGGGAAUGAUCCGUAUGAAGAUAGACCAACUACUUUAAAACGAAGUCACCAAUUAGAUGAAGACGAUACUUCCGAGAAGAUAAAAACGACAAUAGACAUGAUGGGCUUCUCAGUAGACGCAGCGAAAAUACCGAAAGGGGAAUUGAUUUACAGAAAUAAAUUCGGUAAACUUCGUCCGCCUCGAUACAAGAAAUUCGCGGCUGCCAAGAAAACUUACUUCGAUGACGACGGUAAUUCAUACACAUUGGACGAAAAACCAUAUCAGAGCCAAGAAUCACAAGACGAUUGUGAAAUGCAAACAGAUGACGAUGGACCUGAAAUACAAUCUGAUAUUGAAAAAGUUAAAAACGUUGAUACUGAGGAAAAGAAAUCGAAGAAUAAGAAAUCUAAUAAUCGUAAAAAACUUCAAAAUGAUUGUGAAGCAGAUGUUAGUGUAGAUUUGUCUGAAACAGCAAUAGAUGAGACGAAAGUCGAAAAUCCUGAAGGUUUAACUUUAGACCAAACAAAGCGUAAACGUCGUCAAAAGAGGUAUAAAAAUGUAGAAGAAUCAUCAGAUAUGCCCGAAGAAUUGAAGGGGGAACCUAAAAUGCUCAAGUAUUGGAAGAAAAGACACUCGCUAUUUCAUAGGUUUGACGACGGCAUACGUUUGGAUCGUGAGAGCUGGUUUAGCGUGACCCCCGAAAACGUAGCGCGACAUAUAGCCAAUAAGUGUCAUUAUGAUGUGGUCGUGGAUGCGUUCUGUGGCGCCGGUGGAAAUACAAUACAGUUUGCUAAAACUAGCAAGAAAGUAAUCGCCAUAGACAUAGAUCCAGUAAAAAUAGAAAUGGCGAAACACAACGCGGCGGUGUACGGCGUCUCUGAUAGAAUACAGUUCAUUGUUGGUGAUUUCUUCGAGUUAGCGCACACAUUGACAGCUGAUAUGGUGUUUCUAAGUCCGCCCUGGGGUGGACCUAGCUAUUCUCAGAACACAGAAUACUGUAUAGAAACAAUGCUGGAACCCAAACCGGCUUCACAGUUGAUGAGAGUGGCGCGGCACAUUAAUACUAACGUCACAUUGUACCUGCCGAGAAAUACGAGGACGGAACAGAUAUUAUCAUUGGCACAAGAAGCGGUUGGUUCUGUAGAAAUAGAACAAAGUUUCCUUGAUAGAAGGUUUAUUGCUAUCACAGCAUACUUUUAUUGA